CUUUUGUGGAGUGAAUGCCCUCAUGGCUGCACGUCUCACAUGCUCAUGGCAGCACAAGCAGCCCCGAGGUGAAGGAAAGGAGGACGUGUCGGAGAGAAAGAAAGGACUUCUGAAGUCAAAUGACCUAAGUUCACCCGAAAUAAACCUCAGACUUUUCUAAAUUGGACCUGCAUGGGAGUUUUAUGGCUCUGGGGUACAAAUCACAUCAAAGUGGCCCAUUUAUGGCUAUUGUUCAAUUGUGGAGAAAUAAAAAUGAUAAAGGAUACUACUACUUCAUCAUAACAAACUCCCUCCCUGAUUUAAUUUAGACAACAUUUAAGCAACUUUUAAAAGUCCAGUGAGUUUUUAGAAGAAUAACACUGAUCACCAGGGGCCAGACUACCUUGUGUGAGGGCAUCACGCGGAGGGAAAUCUGGUCAUGCGCUAAGCUGGUAUUUAAGGAUCACAAUUCACUGGUUUGGGGGGAGUGCAAUCAGAGGCCUGGGUGCUUUGGAGGGGACGUUUAAUGAAUGUUAAAGAGCAUACUUGCACUUAGGUGAAACUGAAUCGGCCGUGCGUAAAUUCUGACCACCGUUUGUUGGGGACGAGAAAAUGUGGCGCUGCUGUUGUUUGGUGCUCGUGGGCGCGGUGCUCGUCGGCGCCCAGUUCCCCAGAGAGUGCGUGACACCCGAAGGACUCCGGACCGGACGGUGCUGUCCGUCGCCCCCUGGGCUCACCGACGACCCGUGCGGCGCCAGCGCGGGGCGCGGCCAGUGCGUGUCCGUCGCGGUGGACGCGCGCCCCCACGGUCCCCAGUACCCGCACGACGGACGCGACGACCGCGAACAGUGGCCGGUGCGUUACUUCAACCGCACGUGUCAGUGCAGCGGCAACUUCAGCGGCUACAACUGCGGACGCUGCAGGCACGGGUGGACGGGGGCCAGCUGCGACCAGCGCGUCCCUGUUGUAAGAAGAAACGUGAUGCAGCUCAGCGCGGAUGAGAAGCGGGCGUUCGUGAGCGCGCUGGACCAGGCCAAGCGCACCGUGCACCCCGACCUGGUGAUCGCCACGCGGCGCUACGCCGAGAUCUUCGGGCCCGACGGGAACACCGUGCAGUUCGAGAACGUCACCAUCUACAAUUACUUCGUGUGGACCCACUACUUCUCGGUCAGCAAGACGUUCCUGGGUGCCGGGCAGGCCAGUUUCGGGGGGGUGGACUUCUCCCACGAGGGGCCCGGUUUCGUCACGUGGCACCGGUUCCACCUGUUGCAGCUGGAGCGCGACAUGCAGGACAUGCUGCAAGACCCCUCGUUCGCGCUGCCCUACUGGAACUUUGCCAUCGGCGGGAGCACCUGUGACAUCUGCACGGACGACCUGAUGGGAGCCAGGAGCAGCUUUGACAUGAAUUCCCUCAGCAGCAACUCCCUCUUCGCCCAGUGGAGGGUCAUAUGCGAGAGCGUAGAGGACUACGACACCCUGGGAACCAUCUGCAACAGCACUGAGACGUCUCCCAUCAGAAGGAACCCAGCCGGGAACGUCAACAGGCCGAUGGUCCAGCGGCUCCCGGAGCCCCAGGAUGUGGCAGACUGUCUGCAGGUCAACGCUUUUGACACACCGCCCUAUUACUCCACCUCCUCCGAAAGCUUCCGAAACACGAUCGAAGGCUACAGCGCCCCCAAGGGGAACUACGACCCUGUUGUAAGGAGCCUCCAUAAUCUGGCCCACCUGUUCCUGAAUGGGACGGGAGGACAGACUCACCUCUCUCCCAAUGACCCCAUCUUCGUCCUGCUGCACACUUACACCGACGCUAUAUUUGACGAGUGGUUGAGAAGACACAGUCCAGAUUCCACCCUGUAUCCCGAAGCAAACGCCCCCAUUGGUCACAACAGAGGCUACAACAUGGUGCCUUUCUGGCCUCCAGUGACUAAUGCCGAGAUGUUUGUGACCGCCCCGGAAAAUCUGGGUUACUCCUACGAAGCUGAAUGGCCAGGUCAAGCUUUAACGAUGACGGAGAUCAUCACCUUGGCGAUAGUCGCCGCCCUCGUGCUCGUCGCCGUCAUUUUUGCCGCCACCACGUGUGCCGUGCGCGCCAGGUCUCACAAGAUGGAGGGCCACCAGCCUCUGCUCGGGGAUCACUACCAGCGCUACGACGAUGCCAAGAGCCAAUCGGUGGUCUAAGUGCGCCGUUUUGAACAUGAGCCUCUCCCUCUCUCUUUACUCUUAAAGUGACACAGCGUUGCAGUUUGUCGAAGCACGGAGGUGUUGUCACUCAAGAGAAUGUGUCGAUUUUUGAAUGGUAAAAUGUUGACUUUGUUCAUGUCCAUGUAGGUAAUCUGGUGUUGUUGCAUUUUUCGUUACAGAUAGAACAGAUGUGCAGCACUCAUUGAAGAUGCAUUUGUCAUUGAAAAUGUUGGAUGUAUGCAGUACUUUAGUAUAGUUUUGCAAAAGAUUGCAAUGGUCCAAUCUUUGAAAAAUUCAGUUUUGGGAAAAUUGGAAUUUGUUGUCAAAUAAAGAGACCAUAGCCAAGUGAAGUGUUGGUGUUAUGCCAGCAGGUGGUGCUGAACUGGUGCUGUCAGGGUUUUUACUGUAAGUGACUUUCUGGGAUCAGAAAUUCUGCCUCCUGUAGUCUAGAUUUUAAUACUGCACUAAGUAACAAGCAGAUAAAGUGUAAAAAAAAUGGUUGAUUCAGCGUCUUUUUUUAGUUUUUUUAAGGAAUAGUGAUACAAAUGAAUUAAAACAUACAGGGGUACAAGUUCCACCAUGUUUGUAGACCUUUAAGAAGUGAAGGGAGGAAUGGUUAUCAAAAACUAGUAAUGGAGGCAAAACGACCACAAGGGGGUGCAAGAGUUCUAUAACUCCGAGUUGUUGGUAUAAAUAUACAAUUUGAGGUGAGGUAGGAUCGUAUUUAAAAGAUGUAUUAAGAUAAAUUGAUCGAAAUUACGAGCUCAAAUGUGUCAUUUGAAAGAAACGUGUCUAUAAAGUUGUUCUAAUCCGA